GAUACUGUGUAUCCAGCUAUACUCAUAAUGGAUAAAUUGUGGUGUUCUAAAUUCGUUUGAAGGGAGUACACUUCCAGCCAAGAGUUUUGUAUGGAUUGAGUAUCGCCUUCCUCUUGGAUAUUUAACAGUGAUUCAGAGAAAAAAAAACACCUUCCAAGCUUUUUGUCCUGUAACUAUCAUGGAGCUACAAGUCUCGAAAAUGAUUCGAAAAUAGUCAAACAGUUUAUUUGUUUUGCUUUAUUUCGCGAAUUGCAUAACUCUCGAUAUUUUAACGCAUCAGAACAUUAUUCAGACGGAAUAAAGACCGAAAGCAAACAACUUUUUUUGUUCAUUUUACAAGAUUGUAUGAGAUAUUACGCUUUUGUAAACCUUUUGUAGCAGAUGGUAUUCUGCAAGAAGCAUAAUGUUUCUCCUCACGUAUAUUUUAAUGGCUUCAGUUGUGUGUAAAUGAAUACGUUUAAUUUCAUGUACAUACUCGUCAUCACGUUUUAGAAUUAACAAACUUCACCAUUCGACUGACUUACCCGGAAUAGUUUUGAACCGAUGACCUUCAGAUUCCAUCAACAGGAAGCCAAAAGUAAACCACAUGACCAAGUCACACCCUUCCUGAUAUGAUUGGAUAUUGUUCAUAGAUGCACGUGAUUAAAGCGGAAACGGAUCACUGACUUUUACCAACCGAUAUUAAGGCCAAUAUAGAAAUAAAACAGAAGGAAAUAUGCAAGCCUCUAUAUUUUAUUUGAUAUUCAUCUUCAAAGCCGGAUUCGUUGGGCUUUCUAGGGGUUACCAAAGUGGUGCGCCUGCAUCAGCUUGUGUGUCUCUUACACCAGGACACCAAGGGACGACACCAAGCUCAAAUCCAUUCCGCUAUUCCAUCACUACUGAUGGUCAAUCAUAUCAACCAGGAGGAAAGGUCACACUAACCAUUUCAUCAAACACUGGCAGCAUAAUUCGCGGGUUUUUCAUCCAAGCAAGACCAGUAAACCAAAACAUCCCUGUUGGAUUCUUUGAGACGAGGCCCUCUACGGCUCAACAUCUAACAUGCCCAGGUGGACCAGCUUUGAAUUCUGUAACACACAGCAUAGGUAUGUCACAGGAAAGAAUGUCGUCUGUGGUUGUCGGUUGGCGGGCACCAACAUCACUACAUAGUGACAUACAGUUUAUAGUCACAGUGGUCGAGUCGUUUACUGUGUACUGGACGAACAGAUAUUCGGAAGUUAUCAGAGGAGCUGGUGGAGUUUAUAACUGUCCCGAGAUGUUUGAAUUUUCAUUGGAGAAAGACCAAAGCUAUGCUAUUGUUGAUUUGGACGAUGUGUUGGGUCAAGGUGUACCACCUUACGACAUCAUCAGCGGGCCGGUGAUGUCGAGUCCAACACAAUUAGACUACAGUGAGACACUCCGUCAAGGUGUGACAGUGACUGUCAGGAUGAGAGGAGCCAUUGAUACCAGCAAUGAUUGCUCGUUUCUUCUCAUACUAACAGAUAACCAGGCACCCAAUAUAACAUGUCCACAAAACCGCCUGCUUCAGACAUCUUCAUCGGAUAUCGAGGUCUUCUGGCCCCCAGCGGUAGCCAGAGAUAAUGUCGGACUCAGAUCUAGUAACCCUAUCGUCUAUUCACACAUCAAUGGUAUCAGACUACCUGUUUCGCCAGACCCGGUUAUAAUAACAGUGACGGCGUAUGAUACAUCGGGCAACGCAGCCACGUGUGACUUUAGGAUAUUGGUGGGAGAGCAAGGUGUCGACGACGACAACCUCAUCAUGAUCGACUGUCCCGACAACGAUGUCAUCACCUUCCCUCUGGAUCCUGGUAAAGAUAGUAGUACCAUCGACCUGGACAUCCAGGGACGCGAUGUCAACGGACAGCCCGUACCCAUCUACCGUACCGCUGGACCUACCGAUGUCACCCUACCGGGGAUAGUUCAGUACUCGGAGAGGUUCAGGGAGGGGCAACGGUUCACAUUCGUGGCAGAAGAUCCCACUACGAAUGAGAAGCGUACUUGCAGCUUCGUACUUAAAAUCGUUGACGAUGAGACCCCGACCAUCGAAUGUCCGCAAAAUAUCAGAGUGAGAACAAAUAGGGACACGACUCCGGUCACAUGGUCUCCGGCUCAAGCAUCGGACAACCUUGCUGCCUCUUACAACAUCACUAUAUCAUACAGCCCUGAGAAUGGUUCGAUCCUUGAAGCUUCAGAUCCACCUAAGAUGAGUGUCAUCACCGCCGAAGCCAGCGAUACAUUCAAUAACGUUGCUCGAUGUCAGUUUAUUGCCUCUGUCCAGAAAGUCGGUGCAGUUUGUCCAUUUCCGAGUCUUCCAAAUACUUCAGCAGUCUGCCAGGAGACGGCAUCAGGUCAAACACAAUGUAGUGUUUCAUGUGACUUUGGUUUCCUAUAUGUCAUGACUUCUAACCAAUUCAUCUGUGAGAUGGCAACUGAUGGCGUUACAUAUUGGAACCCGUUACCCAAUGACGCAAUGUGCGCAGAACCUGAAUUGGGAGAACGAAUAUAUCAAACCGUAACGAUACGUUUCAUCAUUCCGCAAGAGACGUGUCUCAACGACGAAGACCUUCCCCGUAUUGUUCGAACCUAUAUCGUUCCUCAACUACUGGAGGAAUCCUUAUGUGAGUACGAGGACGCUAAAGCAUGCGAAGAUAGUUAUAUCAUACCACACUGUGGCGGGAAAUCAGGGGCGAAGAAACGACGACAGUCAGCGCGGACACUUCUUGAUGUCGACAUCGAAGUCAGCUCCGUGGUCGAUAGUAAUACAGACAAUAUGCGAGUGGCAAGUAUGGAGCAAGACGUUGAUACUCUCGUCAAGAUGAUCGAAAGGCACGUGAUGGAAAGUCGGAUUACAAUCCGGAUCGAUGGGAAUGACUAUAAUUCAGAGACGGACUGGUCGGUCGUUUCAUCAGGUUUCACUUGGUCAUGUCCUCGAGGAUGGAAGAUCACUGACCGUGGAUGUGGUUCGUCGGUCACUCCUUCAGAACCCCAGGAAACAACUUUUACGAGCCUUACUGCCAUAUUCGUCAUCUUCUGUAUCAUCUUAUGUCUCGGUAUCCUCUUCCUCGUCAUCAUCGGUAUCAUCUACUGCUGCAUGAGGAAUACAAUCACCCAUCACUUCCCUUCAUCAUCACGAAAACGAUCUUUAAGCAAGCUGCAAUACCUCAACCAGGCUUUCGAAAGUGACAACGAAACGACGACCGGUCCGGACAUGCGAUAUGAAAACAACAGAGGUACGGCACGACGGAACGUCUCUAGGCAGUUCAGUCGGUCAUCGCUGAGCACACAGUACGGUUAUUCGCAAGAGGACCCAGACGAAGUUGCACUCAUGAACUCGAAUUUUACGUUUGGAGUACGAGACGAUGACGGUGGGUUGAUAAUGCGACCUGCCGACGGUUCAGGGCGGUCGGAACACGGCGGUCCUGAUGGCGGUGAAUCUACAACGUCACCUGCAUCACCCGAAGAAAGUAGCACGUCACAAUCGCCUACCAACCAAGGGGAGGAGAAACGUGGUGAGAAGGUACUUGAUGAGAGCACUGGAGAGUAUCUUUGGCCAGCUCCCCCUUCGCCUCCAAGCCCUCCACCACCACCCCCAGUCCAAAGAGAAGGUGAAACUGUCAUGGAUGAAAAUAAUGCACCUACUACUAGACUGUAAAUCCUUGUUUAGUUUGAGUCAUAUUGUCUUUAUAGUUUUUAGUAGAUUUGUAAGUAUAAGGACAUUGUAGAGUAAUUUUUUGUUGACCAUACGC